GUUUGAUUUUUUUUUUUUCUUUUGCGAGACAACUCGUGUUCUAAUUCAAUAUGGCAUUAUAUAACUUUAAACGAAUUCAACCGGUUCCACCGGCUAAUGACUUUUUGGAUAUUGUGCUUUCAAAAACUCAAAGAAAAACUCCAACCGUAAUUCACAAGAAUUACAAAAUUGGAAGGAUAAGACAGUUUUAUAUGCGUAAGGUUAAAUUUACUCAAGAUAGUUUUGAGGAAAAAUUGAAAGCAAUGCUCGAAGAAUUUCCCAAACUCGAUGAUAUUCAUCCAUUUUAUUCGGAUUUGAUGAACGUAUUAUACGACAAAGAUCAUUAUAAAAUAGCAUUGGGUCAAAUAAAUACUGCACGUCAUUUAAUCGAUCAAGUUGCUAAGGAAUAUGUUCGCUUAUUAAAGUUUGGUGAUUCGCUAUACCGAUGCAAACAAUUAAAAAAGGCUGCACUUGGAAGGAUGGCCACUAUCAUGAAACGCCAGAAGGAUAGUUUAGUUUAUCUAGAGCAGGUUCGUCAGCACUUGGCUCGUCUACCCUCAAUAGAUCCAAACACUAGAACGCUCUUGAUUUGCGGUUAUCCAAAUGUUGGAAAAUCGAGUUUCAUGAAUAAAAUCACUAGGGCAGAUGUUGAUGUGCAGCCUUAUGCCUUUACAACAAAGUCAUUAUUUGUUGGACAUAUGGAUUAUAGAUACCUUCGGUGGCAGGUAAUUGACACACCUGGCAUAUUAGAUCAUCCACUUGAACAAAUGAAUACAAUUGAAAUGCAAUCAGUUACAGCAUUAGCCCAUCUUCGUGCUUGUAUUAUGUUUUUUAUGGAUCUCUCAGAACAAUGUGGAUAUAGUGUUAAAGAUCAAAUAACACUGUAUCAAAACGUCAAACCCUUGUUUGUCAAUAAACCGACGUUUAUUGUCAUCAAUAAAAUUGACGUUACGCGUCCGGAAGACUUGCCUGAAGAUGAGCAAAUUAUGUUGAAAGAAAUUGCCGAAAGAGAUGGUGCCCAGAUAGUUCAAUUAAGUUGCCAUACAGAUGAAGGUGUCAUAGACGUGAGAAACACUGCAUGCGAUAAAUUGUUGGCGGCUCGUGUUGAUUUUAAACUUAAAGGAAAUAAGAUCAACGAGGUCAUCAACAAGAUUCAUCUUGCAGAACCAAUAGCACGUGACGAUAUACCACGAACACCCUUUAUUCCCGAACAAGUGAAGGGUAGACCAUUAUAUGAUAUGAAAGAUCCUAAAAGACGUAAAUUAGAAAGAGAUUUGGAAGCAGAAGGUGGUGGUCCAGGUGUUUUUAGUGUCGAUUUAAAGAAAAAAUACUUAUUAAAGAACGAUGAAUGGAAAUAUGAUGCGAUUCCAGAAAUUAUAGAUGGAAAGAAUAUAAUAGAUUUCGUUGAUCCUGAUAUUGCAGAAAAAUUGGAUGCAUUGGAACGUGAGGAACAGAAACUCGAGGCUGAGGGAUAUUAUGAUUCUGCAGAGGAAAUGGUUGAUUCGGAAGAAGAAGAAACAAAGAGACUAGCAGAAAUUAUUAAAGAGAAAAAGAAAUUAAUCAUACAAGCUCAUAGGGCUAAGAAGAUGAUGAAAAACCGUCCUGUUAUGCCUAGAACUGUAAUCACAAAGUCCGUUGAAGAGAUGGAAGAACAACUAGGUCAGUUAGGAUUGGAUGCAAGUGCAAUUCGUGGUCGUAGUCUAACUCGGAAGCGUAAACGGACAGAGACAGAUGAUAUGGAUGUUGAUUAUCCACCAUCAUCACCACAAGCUUCGCGUUCUAUAAGUGUGGCUCGUUCAAAAAGUGCUGUACGUGACCGCAGUAUUGCCGGGUUAGCAGAUACUAAACAACAAAAGGAAACUGAAAAACAAAAGAAACUCUCCCAGAGAAAAUCUAAUUUGCUUGCUAAAGUUGGGGAGUCUGAUAGAAGUAUUAAAGUUAAAAGACCCAAACAUUUGUUUAGUUCUAAAAUGACUAACGGAAAAAAAGAUUGGCGUUAAAGUUUUGUUAUUGCUAUUCUUAUUACAGUCAAACCCAGCUCUUAGGACUUAGCUUGUUUUGUCUACAAUACAUGGUCCUAUCGCAUACACUAAAAUUCCUUAUGUAAACACACAUAGUUGAGAUUUAAAUCUAUUUUUAUGUAUUUAAUAAGUUAAUAAGGAUGAAUUAAUUCAAAAAAUUUCACAAAAAAGUAUACAAGUAUAUGGAUCGGCGCAUACGUGUUGUUUUGACUUUAUCGAUUUCCUUUUUUGAAAAUAUCUAGGAAUGUUAAUUCCGUUUAAAAACAAAAUAUAAACAAUGAAUUUCCG